GUGGAGCUUCAUGUCCACCUGGAUGGAGCCAUUAGACCAGAGACAAUCUUGUACUUCGGCAGGAAAAGAGGCAUCCCUCUCCCUGGCAAUACUGUUGAGGAGCUCAUGAAGUAUAUCAGCUAUGACACACCACUGACACUUCCUCAAUUUCUAGAGAAAUUUAAUUACUACAUGCCUGCCAUUGCGGGUGACCGUGAGGCAGUGAAGAGGAUUGCCUAUGAGUUCGUGGAAACGAAAGCCAAAGAAGGAGUCACCUACGUGGAGGUUCGGUACAGCCCUCACCUCCUGGCCAACUCUGGCGUGGAUCCCAUCCCCUGGGGCCAAGCUGAGGGAGACCUCACUCCAGAUGAAGUCGUUCAGCUCGUAAAUCAGGGACUCCAGGAUGGAGAAAGGGAUUUCCACAUCAAAGCCAGGUCUAUUCUAUGCUGCAUGCGCCAUAUGCCAAGCUGGUCUCUAGAGGUGGUGGAACUCUGCAAGAAGUAUCGAAAUGACUCUGUGGUGGCUGUCGACCUGGCUGGGGAUGAGUCCCUGAAGGUGGAGAAUUACUCUGAGCAUAAGAAGGCUUAUGAGGAAGCUGAGAGAUGUGGAAUUCAUCGCACUGUCCAUGCUGGGGAGGCUGGCCCAGCUGCCAUGGUCAAGGAGGCAGUUUAUGUCCUCAAGGCUGAGCGUGUUGGCCAUGGAUACCAUGUCGUGGAGGACCCUGAGCUCUACAAGGAGCUGCUGAAAAAAAAUAUGCAUUUUGAGGUCUGCCCUUGGUCCAGUUAUCUCACUGGAGCAUGUUCUCCGGACUUCAGCAAACACCCCGUAAUACAAUUUAAGAAGGAUCGUGCCAACUAUUCUCUGAACACAGAUGACCCCCUCAUCUUUAACUCCACCCUUGACAAGGAUUACAGCAUAGUGAAGGAAUACAUGGGCUUCACUGAAGAGGAGUUCAAGAGAAUCAACAUCAAUGCAGCCCAGUCCAGCUUCUUACCUGAGAAGGAAAAGCAGGAGCUGCUGAACAAGCUGUACGAAGCCUAUGGGAUGGUCCCUAACGCAUCGUGA